ACUGCCUGCCAAAUUUUCUGUGGGGUCGCGUCAGAGAGGAUAAUUGAGGUCUGGGUGGCGGGGGACGGGCUUCUCAUUAUUAAAUUUAGACGGCUCUAGAUACCGGUCGUUAUAGGUUGUACUUGGUGCUGGCAAAUUUAUCAGCGCGUAUCUCAUAAAUAUACUCAACAAUGGGGAAGACGCACAAGAUUGUCAUGAUUCGCCAUGGAGAGAGCGAAUGGAAUCAGCAAAACAAGUUUUGCGGAUGGUACGACGCUCAUUUAAGCGCUAAAGGUGUGGAGGAGGCAAAAGCUGCUGGCCAGGCCCUGAAGAAGGCGCAGUAUCAGUUUGACAUGGCGCACACUUCUGUACUGACCCGGGCCAACAAGACGCUGGAUACGGUGCUGGAGAUCCUCGGUGAGAAGAACAUUCCCAUCAAGAAGACGUGGCGGCUGAAUGAGAGGCACUACGGCGGUCUGACUGGCCUGAACAAGGCUGAGACAGCCAAGAAACACGGCGAGGAGCAGGUCAAGAUCUGGCGGCGCAGUUUUGACAUCCCGCCGCCGCCCAUCACGCCCGACAACCCGUACUACAAGGUCAUUCUGGAGGACCCCCGCUACAAGGACGGACCGAGCAAGAAGGACUUCCCCAUGUUUGAGUCGCUCAAGCUAACCAUCGAGCGUACCCUGCCGUACUGGAACGACACCAUCGUACCGCAGAUCCGCCAGGGCAAGCGUAUCCUGAUCGCGGCGCACGGCAACAGCCUGCGCGGCAUCGUCAAGCAUCUGGAGCAGAUGUCCGACGACGAGAUCAUGGGCCUCAACCUGCCCACAGGCAUCCCGUUCGUGUACGAGCUGGACGAGCACAUGCGUCCCAUCAGGAAGAUGCAGUUCCUCGGUGACCCGGAGACUGUGAAGAAGGCUAUGGAGUCGGUGGCCAACCAGGGCAAGGCCAAGUGAAGACAUCAGCUCUAGUCCCCGCCCACACACUGUUGUAUUGUUGUCGAUGGUUGGGAUAGAUGGGAGCAGUGUGUGCGGUGCGAGCUUUGAUUGUUCCUAGUUCAGGUGAUUUUAAAUUUGUUGUUGGAGUGUGCGCUCGGAUUGCGCGGCCGCCAUCGUGUUUUGCUGAGGUGUUCGGACGAGAGUAGCUUGCGUUCUCCGGAGUUUUUUUAGAAAUAAUUUUCUGACUUCCAAAUCGAGAUAACGGUGUUGCUUAUGUAUUACCUGCAUAUGUGGCCGCAACUAUGCAACCCCCUCUGCGGAGUCCACAUUCGUUACAGUUAGGGAAGCUGCCAAACUAUGCCUCCCCUUCCUGCAAUUUUCCGCUCUGGUCACCUCUUUGUGUACGUGCGAAGCUAAUAAACGCUACGUAGUAGCAAACUUUUGGGACUUGA